UGUUCGUGGAUAUUGUUCUAUCGUGUUUAUUUUUUUACUUUCUGUUCUGCUUUUACUUCACUAUCUUUUAUUAAAUCUAUAUAAUUUUCUAAAUGGCACUUAUUAUUGGGAUGUGAGACAUAUCCCAAAUAUUUCUAUACCCAACAGUUAUAAAAAAGCCGCCAAAAUUGCUUCCAAAAUGCAAGGCGUCAGCGCUCCACGGGAGUCCGCUGCGCCAGUCAUCAGCACCAGUUCUACUAUCCUGAACAUGAGGGAAAAAGAGAAAUACAUAGAAGAUUUCGAAUUCCCCUUCUGCGAUGAAUCGUCUAAAUACGAGAAAGUCGCGAAAAUAGGCCAAGGUACCUUCGGGGAGGUGUUUAAAGCGCGAGCUAGGAAUAGUAGUAAAAAGUUUGUUGCUAUGAAGAAAGUGCUGAUGGACAACGAAAAAGAAGGGUUCCCUAUCACGGCGCUGAGGGAAAUAAAGAUAUUACAGUUAUUAAAACACGAGAAUGUUGUAAAUUUAAUAGAAAUAUGUCGAACUAAAGCGACAUUACACAAUAAAUAUAGGUCAACGUUUUAUUUAGUUUUCGAUUUCUGCGAACACGAUCUGGCGGGCUUGUUGUCUAAUGUUAACGUUAAAUUUAGCUUGGGUGAGAUCAAAAAGGUGAUGCAACAAUUAUUAAAUGGUUUAUACUACAUACAUAGUAAUAAAAUAUUGCAUCGCGACAUGAAAGCAGCGAAUGUAUUGAUUACAAAGAAUGGGACGUUGAAAUUGGCGGAUUUCGGUCUGGCGCGGGCUUUCAGUGUCGCGAAAUCGGGACAGGCGAAUAAAUACACUAAUAGAGUGGUCACACUCUGGUACAGACCUCCGGAGUUAUUAUUAGGUGAUCGCAACUAUGGCCCACCAGUGGACAUGUGGGGCGCUGGCUGUAUUAUGGCUGAAAUGUGGACUCGAUCACCUAUAAUGCAGGGUCCUACUGAGCAGCAGCAGUUGAUCCUGAUCUCUCAGCUGUGCGGCUCGUGUACCCCAGACGUGUGGCCCGGCGUGGAGAGCCUAGAGUUGUAUAACAAGAUGGAGCUGCCCAAGGGACAGAAGAGGAAAGUCAAGGAAAGACUAAAGCAUUACGUGAAAGAUCCGUAUGGCUGUGACUUACUCGACAAGUUGUUACAACUAGAUCCUGCGAAGAGAUUCGAUGCAGACACAGCGCUGAAUCACGACUUCUUCUGGACGGACCCGAUGCCGUGCGAGCUCGCUAACAUGCUCGCCCAACACACGCAGAGCAUGUUCGAGUACUUAGCGCCGCCGAGGAGGCCCGGACAUCUGCGGCAUCAUCACCACGUCGCUGGCGCUCAGGCCAAACCAACACAAGCUGUGCAAGACUCGGGGUACCAGGAUCGAGUCUUCUAAAAUAUAAACAACAUUUCUCACUCAUUGCUCGGUGGAUGGAAGUAGUAUCUAUCGCAAGGGGAUUAUACCCCUUAACAACACUCAUCGCUCAUCACUCUCAAGAGGAUGUAAAUCGUCCCAAGGGGAUAUAAUCCCCUUGUGAGAUAUGAGUAUCUCUAUUAAAAGCAAUCGGUUUGGUCGCAAUCAAUAUAGUUAAAUAUC